GUCGGAAUAUAUCCGGGAGCAUAGUCGAAGCUAGACGAUCUACCAUAAUGGACCAGCCGUAUCAGCUCGACAAACUUCGGUGCCUUGACAGCCGCUCCUUGACAACCGCGGCUCAUCCCGAGACGGGUGCUACCAGCCACAAACACAAACUGCUAGUGUGGUGGGGUAGUCUCAGCUGCAGUACUCGCUCAGUGCACGCGGGAGGGACUUUCAGGGCCCACGGAACCUUCCUCGGGGAUCCCCACGAGCCAGGCCCGGCUCUGCGGACGGGGAUGCUGGCCGGCCCCUAAGUCCGAGUCCGGUUUCACCUACGGGCUUCGAUAAGAUAGACUGGAACCCGGAGUCUACAUAAGACUCCAUUCCUGCUGGCCGUUCCCAUUUUUUGCAGCUUCCAUACGCUAUCACCACGCCGCACAGCGACUUGACGAUCUGCCAACGGCCACUCCCGCAUCCGCAACCCCCCAGCUCCGGACCUCCCUCCGAAAUGGCGCCCAACCUCGAGGCCGGCGCCCUGUUCAGCGUCAAGGGCAUGGUGGCCGUCAUUACCGGCGGUGGCUCUGGCAUCGGCCUCGUCAUGUCGCAGGCCCUUGCUGCCAACGGCGCGGCAAAGGUGUACAUCCUCGGGCGGCGCCUCGACGUGCUGGAAGAGGCGGCCGCGGCGACGUCACCAGCAAACGUGUUGGUGCCCGUGCGGUGCGACGUAACGUCCAAGGAGUCGCUGCAGGCGGCCGUCGACACCAUCACGCGCGAGACGGGCUUCGUGAACCUGCUGCUGGUCAACUCGGGCGUCAUCGGGCCGCUCAACGGCUACCAGGCAGUGAGGACGACGACGAUUUCGGACCUACGCCGGGCCGUGUUCACCGACAUGGACGCGGCCGCCAUGACAGAGACGAUGCACGUCAACGUCACGGGUGCCUUCUUCACCAUGGCCGCCUUCCUCGAGCUGCUCGACGCGGGCAACAAGCACGCCGUGGCCGGGGCCGGGUUCGACGCCCCCGUCAACGACGCCCAGGCCCGCGCCGGCGUCCCGUCGGUCCAGAGCCAGGUCGUAUACACGAGCAGCAUCUCGGGCUAUAGCCGCGACGGCCUCACGUCGCCGCCGGCCUACGCCAGCUCCAAGGCCGCCGUGCUACACCUCACUAAGCUCAGCAGCUCGAGUCUUGCAAAGUUUGGUAUCCGCGUGAACGCCAUAGCUCCAGGCCUCUUCCCAUCUGAGAUGGCCAAGGGCAUCAUUGGGAACCGCACGCCAGAGACAGAGGAGCUCACCGACCAGAAGUUCAUCCCCGCGCGGCGCUUCGGCACCGAGGAGGACAUGGCCGGCACCAUCUUGUAUCUCGCCAGCCGCGCUGGUGGGUUCUGCAACGGCACCCUGCUAGUCAUGGACGGCGGGCGGCUGUCGCAGACGCCCUCGGCUGUUUAGUCUGGGCGCUAGUGAUUUCCAGCAGGUUAGAAAUACGACUAGAAUGUCUCUCGGUUUUAGGGGCAGGAUGUUGUUCGUCGGUUUCAGGGGCAGGAAGUUGUUCGUACUGGAAGGAAAGCUUCGAAAUAUUGUCAUGAAUAUGAUGGACAACAGUAGGCAGAAACCAUUCUGAUACCGAGUAGACUUCUGUUGUUAAUACCUCUCCACUGAAUGGAGGGUUUCGUGG